AUGGACCAAAAUGAAAAGAUAGCGCAGGAGUAUGGAGUCACCCAUGUCCAUGCUCUGGAUGGCUGUAGCAGGAUGGUUCUUGGUUUCAUUACAAUACCAAAAAAGAACCCGGUGCUCAUAUACCAAUAUCUAUUUAGGUAAGGACCCAAUCAAUUUUAUGCCUCAUAUGCUGGUUUCUAGAACACUUAAGAAAGCAUACUGUGAAAUUCAGAAACCCAGAAAAGUAUUACAUACAGUCACAUUAUGCAAUCUGUUAUUGUGUUUCAAGGAGAAAGCCAAUCAGGCCUGAGAAAGGUAAACCAAUUUAAACACAAACAGCAAUGUUAGGUAGUUGUAAGUUUUGAGGACUACCCGAGGGUCCUGGUCUCCAAGGUGAUUGGUCUCUAGACAGUCAAUAUCUCUGAAAUAUUUCUGGUAUUCACAAUUUUCUAAGUUUGACACUCACUGAACCUAUAAUAAAAUGACAAUUUCUCAUUUGUAUUAUUGUGUGCUUGCUGUUUUUUUAAAAAGAGAUAACCAAACUCUCUUUUGUGAGAUCUCCAAAAAAUCCCCAAAGCCAUUAAGUAGAUUUUCUUGCUGGGCAAGUUACUUUUCAUGCUUACUUAACCAAUAGGCAAGUCCUCUUGUAACUUAAUGACAAAAAGUAAAAGUAUGCAACUAGCCUGGGUAAGCAAAAAUGAUUAAAGGUGCAGUCUAUCUUCCGAGUCCUAUAAUAUUAAGUAUGUAAUUAAUAUGAACAUUUUUGCUUUUUAUAAAGUCCUCUUUCAUUGUUCCACAUUGUUCUAUUUUUUUAUGUUACACAGGCCCUUACUACUUCAAUAUGGGUUAUUUGAUCAGUUACAUGUUGAUCAUGGAACAGAAUUUUGCCUUUGCAUCUUUGUACAGGAGUUACUUAAAAAUAGACGUGGUGAUACCAGCAGAGCCCCUUGGAGACAAACCACAUCUACUAAGAAUUACAGGGCAGAGAGGCUAUGGCCAGAGGGAAAUGCUCGAGUUAAAUAUCCUCUUAAAAGGACACUUAACUUCAUUAAAGAGCGGGAGAUAUUCAAUAUGGAAGACCCCCUUGUUAGUUUUGCAGUUUCUUGGGUAACUCUACAUGUCAGUAAAGUGGGUUCAGGGAACUUUGUCAACUCUUGGAACUAUCACCGAAUUCCAGGUGAGUUUUGGUGCUUUAGACGAAGGUCACUGAACUUUAAUGUUGGUGUUAUUUUUCCCUCAAUUUUAUUAACCAUGAUUAUGUGUUUAUUGUAACAUAUAUGUUUUUUAUGUGAUAUUUCCCAUUUACUAAUGGUUUUGUGAUGUUGUUCUGUAAGGAAUAUUAACUCUAGCCAAAGUAGCUGGGAGAAAUAUAGUCAAAAGCCUAGUAAUUAAAUUGAAAACUAGAUUAUUAGAGAUGAUGAUACCUUGUAAUAUCUAUUUCAAUUUUCACUUACAGGGCCCAAGAGGUGUAUACUCAUUGAAAAGAUGACAGAAACAAACAUGGCUGUUCAGCUUGAACCACAUGAAAUUCCAACAACUGCUGCAGAGGUUGUACAAAUGUAUGAAGAACGAGGUGGAAGUCUCAAUAGGGAUCCAAGCAUUGGUUGUGAUCCAAUUGCAUGUUAUGAUCAUUUAAUGGAAUGAAGAGUAUUUGUUUAUGUCUCAAAACCCAUCAUUUGAAAGCAUGUUUUCAGAUGUUGUCCAUAAUAAGAAUGACGCAUUAGUCAAUGCCAUCAAAAGCUUUAUUGACAUAACAAAUUCACUUGCCAUUCAAGCAAUUCCAUGACUACAGAUUUAGACUUAAUCUAUUUUCCAUAACAGAAGUUCAACAGUU